UUCACCAUUCCUGCAGUGAAAUAAUGUCCAAUGGCAGCUCCAUAACCCAGUUCCUCCUCCUGGCAUUCUCAGACACACGGGAGCUCCAGCUCUUGACCUUUGGGCUCUUCCUUGGCAUUUACCUGGCUGCCCUCCUGGGCAACGGACUUAUAAUGACCACCAUAGCCUGUGACCGCCACCUCCACACACCCAUGUACUUCUUCCUCCUCAACCUCUCCAUCGUCGACCUGGGCUUUCUCUCCACCACUCUCCCCAAAGCCAUGGCCAAUUCAGAGUUUUAUCUUCUCACAGUCAUGGCCUACGACCACUAUGUUGCCAUCUGCAAACCCCUGCACUACGGGACCCUCCUGGGCAGCAGAAUCCUCAAGCUCUCCUGCUCAGAUGACUACCUCAGAGAGGCUGGGUUGCUUGUGGUUAUUGUAAUUUUUUCUUUUGUUUGUUUUGUGUUCAUUGUGCUAUCCUACGGGUGGAUCUUCAGGGCCGUGCUGAGGAUCCCCUCGGAGCAGGGACGCCACAAAGCCUUUUCCACCUGCUUCCCUCACCUGGUCAUGGUCUCCCUGUUUGGCAGCACUGGCGUGUUUGCCUACCUGAAGCCCCCCUCCAUUUCCUCCCCAUCCCUGAACCUUCUGCUGGCAGUUCUGUACUCAGUGGUGCCUCCAGCAGUGAACCCCCUCAUCUACAGCAUGAGGAACCAGGAGCUCAAGGAUGCCCUGAGGAAACUGAUGACUGUUUUCUUUGCAGAAGCAGCAAUGAACUGCCCAUCUUCCCCUGCAUAUCACUAG